UAAAUUUGGUUAAAUAUUUUCUAUAUUUGCAGUUACAAAAGAAAUUCUUCAUAGUAUUAACGGAGCUUUUCGUUCCGGUGAAUUAACAGCAAUAAUGGGACCAUCGGGUUCUGGCAAAAGUACUCUACUAAAUGUUAUGAGUGGCUUCAGUUCUACUGGAGUCACCGGCACAAUACGGGUCAAUGGCAAAGUAAUGUCUACCAACUCCCAAAAAUAUCGUGAAUUAUCCUGUUAUAUACAUCAAGAUGAUUUGUUAAGACCCCAAUUAACUGUGGGUGAAAUAAUGAUGCUUGCCGCUCAUUUAAAAUUGGGCUUUAAGAUCUCAAAACAGAAUAAAUUAAAUUUAGUCAAACAUAUUCUAUCCCUGCUGGGUUUGGAUCAUCGUUUUAAUGUCUUUACAGCGAAGCUGUCGGGUGGUCAAAAGAAACGUUUAGCUAUUGCUUUGGAAUUAAUAAGUAAUCCACCGGUACUAUAUUUGGAUGAACCAACAACUGGUUUGGACAGUUCAUCGUGUAGUCAAUGUAUAGGACUCCUAAAGAAAUUAGCAGCCCAGGGUCACACUAUUGUUUGUACCAUACAUCAACCUUCUGCUUUGGUAUUUGAAAUGUUUGAUAAACUUUAUACAGUCGUCGAAGGUCACUGUAUGUAUCAGGGUCCGGUCAGAGAAUUAAUACCAUUUCUAGCUGAUCAGAAUCUUAUGUGUCCCAGUUAUCAUAAUCCUGCAGAUUUUUUACUAGAAGUGGCCGUCGGUGAUUAUGAACGUGAUCUAGAGAAAUUAAUUAAUGCUGCAAAUAAAAAGUAUUUUGAAGAUGCUGAUUCUCAACUGAAUCAUGUUACGCGGCUUUUAUCUAAAAUAAAAGCCGACAAUGUAGACUUAACCGGUUGUCAGUUAACUAAAGGCAAUAAACUUACAAAGAUCUUUAACGCAACUGCAGCAGGUUUGCAAUUGCCAACCUUCGACUAUGUUAAACCCUCAGCCGAGGAGCUGGCCUUAGAAGAAACUAAGGCUCUUAAUACCAUGGACAUUAAUAUGGAUGAACAACAGCAACAAGAGCCCAUACAACAACAACAAACUCAACAGCAGCAGCAACAACCUGCAAAGUCAUUAAUUGACAUUGACAGUAAAAAUGUGGCGAAAGCCUCAUUCUUCAUGCAAUAUCUUUUACUAUUAAAACGGAUUUUGUUAUGUUCAAAGCGUAAUUAUUUUCUGCUUAUGGCUCGGAUAUUUUCACAUUUGUUUAUUGGUCUCAUAUUCGGUUACCUGUAUAAAAAUGUCGGUGAAAAAGCCACUACAGUAUUGGGCAAUUAUGUCUAUUUGUAUGGUACCAUACUGCUGCUGGUCUACACGGGCAAAAUGGCCGUUGUUCUAACGUUUCCCUUAGAAAUUGGUAUGUUAUCACGCGAACAUUUCAAUCGCUGGUAUAGCCUGGGGCCAUACUUUCUAUCUUUGUUAUCAUUCGAAAUACCAUUUCAGAGUUUGUGUGCUGUAGGCUACAUGUCCAUUAGCAUUUAUCUGACCAACAAUGACAGUGAUGAAAGUUUCCGUGUCUACUAUUUCGUAAUGUUCGGUGUAUUGGCUACAUUAAGUGCACAAUCAUGGGGCUUCUUUGUUGGUGCUACAUUGCCUACAAAAUUGGCCGUUUUCCUGGGUCCUAUAUUAGCUGUGAUGUUCUCCAUUUUCGGUUUCUGUUCACGUUAUAUCGAUAUAACACCCAUAUUCCGUUGGAUGUGGCAUAUUAGUUAUUUUAGAGCUGGUUUUCAUGGUGCCUUAAAUGCCAUCUAUGGCAUGGAACGACCAUUUUUACCUUGUCCGGAAAAUACCAUGUAUUGUCAUUUCCGUAGUCCCAAGGUCUUCCUUAACUAUAUGAUGAUAUCGGAUGUGAAUAUGGCGAAUAGUGUAAUAUUAAUGGUAUCGAUUAUUGGUGUCAUGCACAUCUUGACAAUAUUGCGUUUAUGGCAUAAAUUAAAUAAACGCUAAAUGUUGAAGAGUUCAAAGUUUUAAAUUUAAGAUACAAAAUGAAGAAAGAAAUUUCAAUAAUUGUAAAUAAUUCAUAAAAAAACUUUCUUUAGUAUUUAUUAUGUUCUCAUUUAUUUUUGUUUUAACCAUUUAUUUUAAAAUCAUUUCAAACUAUUUUACAUUCCAUUAUAUUAAUUUACAAUAAUUGGCUCUAGGGUUUAGUUUAUUUAAGCAAUUCCUUUUUAUAUAACAAGUAUUUUAUUGUUUUUAUAUGAACGUGUGUAUUUUUUAAUUUUUUUAUUAAUUGUUUAUGUUUAUUAGACAUUUAUACCAAAUACUAGUGUUUAGCUUUUUUUAAAGAACAAAAACGUAUCACUUACAAUACUUUAAUCUCAAUUAAAAAUUUAAAAUUUAUUUGUUUGUUUCAACUUUCAACUGAGAAAAAAUUAACAGAUCUUGCCAAAAAUGAACAUUUUUAUAAUUAGAUAAUUCGAAUUUUCCAAAUUUAUUCCUAUACGAAGUAAUUAUUUAUUAUAAUUUGUUUUUUAAUGUAAAUUUUUAAUUGUUUAGACAUUUUUUAUUAAAAAUUUAUUAUUUAGAAUAAUUAAAUGCGAUAUGUUCUUUUUGUAUAAUUACUAAAAGAAACGGUGAUAAAAUAAAUUACAAUCAUAAAUUAUUAAGGUAAAAGUUUGAAAAAU